UUUCUCAUACUCAUAGUGUCUUGGUAAAAUCGACUGUGCAUAUCAAUCAUGUGUGCCAGAUUCGACGCAUCCGAACGCAUACCUUCCUCUUUCGACGACAAUCACUCCCGAUAUCGUGGGCUACAACAUAACUGUAGCCUCUCCCCUCGAACUACCAACUCAAAUUGCAAAACACAGAAUCCCACCAAACCGCACCUAAAGACGAAUCAUGACGGACCUUGUUCUGAUCUACCAGUUUGUAGUUCAAUUUCUACCAUAGUCGCCAAUCCAAAUAUCUUGAGUGAUGCAUCGUCAAGGCCGGACACACCUCUAUCAUCACUCAAUACGCCUCCAACAAGCCCAGGUCCAGGUCCAGGUCCAAGCCUCAAACUUCUCCCACAUUUAUCCCCUGGCUCCAGCGUUGAACCCUUGACGCCAAUCUCUCCGACAGAUCAUAUCAUCCUGCAGCCGUUCGAACCUCAAGACGCCACGGAAGCGGCCAUUCUCUACGACCUCGCGUUUGCCACGAGUGAAGCUCGUUACGUCAUGCAAGAUCCAUCGAAAGUUGAAGAAGAGCGUACGAUGCGUGCUGCGAGUUUCGAGCAAGCUUGCACAAUGUCUAUAACGCGACUAGUCAAAGCAGUAGAUAUGAGUGCGAGCGGCAAGAUUGUCGGAGCCGCUGGGUUUUUCGUUGCUGGCGGUCUUCAGUGGAUGAUGUCAACACCACCCGACGGGGACAGAACCGAUUUUUCUGCCGUCGUGGCAGAGGAGAGAGAGAAGGUUCUCCGAGGAGAUUACAACAUGUGGGAACUUGCUCAGCUCUUCGUACAUCCAAACUAUCAGCGUCAUGGCAUCGGGAAACAGCUUGUAGAGUGGGGUCUGCAGCAAGCAGAUGCUGAGGGCCUGCCUGUCUAUGUGGAAGGCUCCGCUGCGGGAAAAGGGUUGUACGAGCGGGUUGGCUUCACGUCGGUAAAGGCAGUUAGUCUUCCUCGGGCAGAUGGCGAGGUUUACAAGAGGUAUAUCAUGAUCAGACCAGCCCGAGACGCGACAAGCGUUGAAACAUCCAAGUAGGAUGUAUGCAUACCCAGUCAAUUCUCAUGUCUCUCUUCCGGAUUCAAUGAGCACUUGAAUGUUUUGAGCAGUGUUGAAUGGGCGACAUAUAUGCCGCUUCAUGUGUUCUUUGCUUGCACGUCAUCCAUCGUAACUGCCAUACUGCAUCAAGCGCGAUGCGAGCUGCUAGGACUCGAGGCAGGUGCGUCCCGACUUUGAUGUCAUCUCAUUCUGGGCUUCCUU